AUGAGUGCAGUCGCUCAGUUCGAGAACAACAUGAUCGUCCCAGCGAUAGAGAUGUCGUCGCGUCGCCCUUCCCUCGACUCGGUGACUCGCGCACGCGCUGGGCGCGCCCGCACACCAAGCCCGACGCCAAGCGAAUGGGAAGCACUUGCCCCGCCCCGCCCUCUCAAAGAACAGCUCAAGCACCCAACCACAAGGGAUCUCUCUUUCGCCGUUACGCUCGCAAAGCUACAUAGAAAAAUCGUGUAUGGUCUCCAGCCCGCAGAGCAGUGGAUGCGAAGUCACCAUGGCGGCUGGGCAAUACCCGCUGCCAUCAUAAUCGUGCUGUCAUUUCCCCCUCUCGCUGGGCAAGAGCUUGUCGCCACCAUGUGCGGUCUCACAUGGGGAAUCGGUCUGGGAUUCCUCAUCGUAUCCUUGAGCACAUAUUUCGGAGAGCUUGUAUUGUUCAUAUACUUCCUUACGAAGCGCAGCGAGCGCUACGAGAGUGAGAACAUUCAGUUCGCCACACUUGCCGCCGUCAUUAGAGAGGGAGGCUUCAAGAUCAUUCUCAUGGCGCGGUUUAGUGCUAUACCACCCCAUUUCACGACCGCCGUGCUAGCAACGUGCGGUACGUCGAUGCCCAAGUUCCUCCUCGCCACAUUUCUGGCUCUGCCUAGACAGUUCGCGCCUGUGUACAUAGGCUACACGCUCGAGCAGUCUAUCAAUGGCGACUCGAGCGCCGAGGACCGCACACACGCGGUCGUCACAGCGGUCGUCGUCAGUGUCUUGGUAUCCGUCACCGUCAUCGCGCUUCAUUACGUCGGAAGCCUUAUGGCGGUGAAGCUCCCCAUCAUUGUCUACGAACGGCGCAAGAGACGGCAAGCGGAUGCUUUCAGUAUUGCUCAAUCUGAGGAGCGAGUAUGUACCAAUGAUGUCGGUGAAGCAGGGCCAGAGCAUGCUGACGCGUCUGCGUCAAAGAUGAGCUAG